CUUAGUUCUUACAACAGUGAUACUUUAAGUUGGCCUAAUGAAGAUGAAUUAAAUGAAUCAAAUGAGUUAAACGAAUUAAAUACAUCUAAUAUAUCAGAUGUACAUAAUCUAGAUUCUGAAUCAGAAAAAGAGUGUGGUAAUGAAUACGAAUUAUCAACUGGAACAGGCAAUUUAAAAGCCCACCUUCGUCAAAUUCACAGAAUUUUGCCUCCUGAAGAAAAUAAUCAGAAUCAAUCAACUAAAAUAGCCUCUAACCAACCAUCAUUACACGAUUUUAUAAAUAAAAAAACACCUUUACCUACUUCAAAGCAAGAUAAAAUCACAAAUCGUAUUUUAGCAUGGAUUGUUGACGAUCUUCAACCAUUUAAUGCUACUACAAAUAAUUGCUUUCGCGAUAUGAUUCUUGAAUGUGAGCUGAGGUUUGAGUUCCCCUGCUACGAUAAAUUAAAAGAAAAAUUAAUGCAGUCUGUACUUUUUGCUGAACAACAGCUUAAAGAACUACUACAAACAACAAUGAGUUCUUUUUGUUUUACAACAGACCUCUGGUCUCAAAUGCACCAACCUUAUAUUGCU